AAAGAAUAAAACGAAAAAGAAAACCAAAUAAUUUCUCGAGGCGGAGCCGGUCCGUCCAACCCCAAAACCAAAUUGCUCCGCCGUCCGGCCGACGCGCCGGGUGGUCGUCGUCGUCUCCAGAGAAAGCCAGAAACGCACGAGGAGUCGCGCGGAGAAUUCCACCACCCCGGUCUCCACUGCCCCCCUCCCCUCUCACGAUUCAACUCUACUACUACUUCCCAAGCGCGGUCGCGGCGGCGGCGGAUCAAGCCUCUCCCCGCGAGGUGGCGGUGGAGGAGAUCGCUGGGGUUGCUCUUGCUCGCCGCCUCUCUGACCGCAGGGAAUUUUUGUCAGUGGUGUGACUGCUUUGUUGGCUGAACUUCACAAUGGGGUGCUGUGUGAGCAAGGGAAAAAACAUUGAGGAAGACAAGCUUGAUUACAAAGGUGGCAAUGUGCAUAUCAUAACAAGCAAAGAAGACUGGGAUCAGAAGAUUGACGAAGCAAACAAGGAUGGGAAAAUUGUUGUGGCAAAUUUCAGUGCAUCCUGGUGUGGGCCAUGUCGUGUCAUUGCACCUUUUUAUGCUGAGAUGUCAAAGACUUAUCCUCAAUUCAUGUUCUUGACAAUAGAUGUUGAUGACCUAAUGGAUUUUAGCUCGUCAUGGGACAUCCGUGCGACGCCGACCUUCUUCUUCAUAAAAAACGAGAAGCAAGUCGACAAGCUUGUGGGUGCCAACAAACCUGAGCUUGAAAAGAAGGUGCAAGCACUUGCUGAUGGCAGCUGAACCUCAUUGCACAACUAGCACUGAACGAGCUUGGCAUUUCUGUCCAGUCAAGUUUGUGUCCAUAUUGUUCCCUUGCAUCUUCUAGUUUAUAGAGUAUUGGCGUCUCUGUUGAAACCAUGUUUCUUUCUCUCUGAAUUUUGCCCUCUUGUGUAGCCACCUCACACAUAUGUAUUGUGUGAACUAUAGUAAGAAGUUGUGAUGUGUUCAGAACUGUAACAACAUGUAGAGUAAUAGUUUUGUAAGAUAAUCAUCGGGUGUGCUGUAGUUUGAGAUGUGAACUGUCCCAAUAAAUGAUAUUGUGUUUCCUGCAGUAACAACUUUUCAUGAUUUCUACUA